CUGCUGAAGAAGGCCCACGAGAUCUCCGUGCUCUGCGACGCCGAGGUCGCCCUCAUCGUUUUCUCUACCAAAGGGAAGCUCUAUGAGUACUCCACCGACUCCAGCAUGGAAAAUAUUCUUGAACGAUAUGAACGUUAUACAUACACAGAAAGGGCGCUUACCACGACAAAUCUUGAAUCACAGAUAUCUUGGUGCCUUGAAUAUAGUAAGCUUAAGGGCAAGAUUGAGAGUUUACAAAGGAGCCAAAGGCAUCUUAUGGGGGAGGAUCUUGACCCCUUGAGUCUUAAAGAACUUGGACAACUUGAGCAACAGCUUGAAACUUCACUGAAAAAUAUCCGAACAAGAAAGAGCCAAGUGAUGCUUGAUUCAAUCGCUGAGCUUCAGGAGAAGGAGAAAUCACUGCGGGAUCAGAACAAAGCGCUGGAGAAAGAGUUCUUAGAAAAGUCCAAGGCCAAAGCUCAGGCUCAACAAGCACACUGGGAGCAGCAGCAAAACCAGCAGCAGACAAGCUCCUCCUCACCUUCCUCUUUCCUGAUACCUGAAAAUCUUCCAACUCUCAACAUGGGUACGUACCAGGCACGAAAUAAUGAGGAAGACGAGGAAGCAGCCCAUCCUCAAGUGCGAUUAGGCAGCAGCUUGCUGCCUCCAUGGAUGGUUCGCCAUUUGAACGGUUAGAACUUCCUCAGAGAAACAGCAUUUUUCUAACAGUCAUAAAAAAAAUAUAUGGUGUUAGCUGUAACACAAGAAAGCACGGCAGUUUCCACAAUUCGUGUAAAUAAAUUGUGUUAUAUGUAUCACUGGUGUGUGUGCCUCAAUCUCUGACAAAAAUGUUCUGGGAUUUGAGUUCAAAUGUAAUUUUAUCCUGUAAUGCUUUUCUCAUUCGGUUUGACUGCUAGAACUGUUGGGGGUGAAAGUAUUUUCUGCGCGUAAUAAUAUUACCCUUUUCUUA